AUGUUUAUCGAUUCUUACUUGGUUGGAUUGGUCCACAAAGAGUUCUUCGAUCCACUGAACGUUCGACAAACGAUUUUCGUUUUUUUGUGUGCCCUAUCCUGUGUGCUAUUCGUGCAGUACCUUUUCCGAUUGGUGUGUCAGAUUAAAAAGCUUCCGCCGGGCCCUUGGGGUGUUCCGAUCUUUGGCUACCUUACAUUUAUUGGUCACGAGAAGCAUACUCAGUACAUGAAACUAGCAAGGAAAUAUGGCUCGCUGUUUAGUGCAAAGCUUGGUGCUCAGUUAACCGUUGUGAUUAGUGAUUACAAGAUUAUUCGAGAAGCAUUCAAAACUGAGGAAUUUACUGGCCGGCCACAUUCACCAUUGCUGAAAACUUUAGGGGGUUUUGGAAUAAUCAACAGUGAGGGACCACUAUGGAAGGAUCAAAGAAGAUUCUUGCAUGAGAAGUUACGUAACUUCGGUAUGACCGUACUUGGCAAUAGGAAACAUCUAAUGGAGAGCAGAAUAAUGACUGAAGUAGUUGAAUUGUUACUUACAUUAAAUAGCGUCAGUAAUCAAUCUACUGAUCUCAGUCGUUAUUUGUCGGUUUCUGUGAGCAACGUGAUCUGCAACAUAAUCAUGUCGGUCCGUUUCUCGAUUGAUGAUCCUAAAUUCAAACGGUUCAAUUGGCUCAUAGAAGAGGGCAUGCGACUUUUCGGCGAAGUUCAUACCAUUGAUUAUAUUCCGCAUAUUCAAUACCUUCCCGGGAACAUUAAUGCUAAGAAUAAGAUUGCCAAAAAUCGAGAGGAAAUGUUCGACUUUUACCGCGAAAUCAUUGAAGAACAUAAACGCACCUUUGAAAGUGGCAAUAUUCGCGAUAUUGUUGAUGCGUAUCUUGCUGAAAUAGAGAAAGCACGUGACGAAGGCCGAGAUGCCGAACUAUUUGAAGGGAAAGAUCAUGAGAUACAAAUGAUGCAGGUAAUAGCUGAUCUGUUUUCAGCUGGUAUGGAAACUAUUAAGACCACUCUAUUGUGGCUAAACGUAUUUAUGCUUCGACACCCCGAUGCUAUGAAGCGCGUUCAGGACGAGCUGGAUCAGGUGGUCGGACGAAACCGGCUGCCAAAGAUCGAAGACGUGCCAUAUUUACCAAUUACUGAGACUACCAUUUUAGAAGUGAUGAGAAUUUCCAGCAUAGUGCCACUAGCAACGACUCACUCCCCGAAGAGCGAUGUUGUGAUCAAUGGUUAUACAAUACCUGCUGGAUCAUACGUGGUGCCACUAAUAAACAGCGUACAUAUGGAUCCUAAUUUGUGGGACAAACCGGAGCAGUUCAUUCCUAGCCGAUUCCUGGAUGGCGAAGGCAAAGUUCACAAGCCUGAAUUUUUUAUACCAUUUGGUGUUGGAAGGCGGCGUUGUCUCGGUGAUGUGCUGGCGCGAAUGGAGUUAUUCCUGUUCUAUGCUUCGAUCAUGCAUACUUUUAGCAUAGAGUUACCGGAAGACGAACCAUUACCUAGCUUAAAAGGCAUAAUUGGGGUUACAAUAAGUCCACAGGCUUUUCGCGUUAAGCUCAUGACACGGCCAUUGGAAGUAAAGCUUGAACGUAUGCACGAUACAUGUAGAACAUGCUAUUGA